AGGAUCUGUAACAUGAUGUUGGAAAAAUGGAUCUGUAAAACAUGCCCUGCUGUCACCAAGGAUAUUGGUAAUCAUGAGUGUAUCAGCAACAUUGAGGAGGACCCAGACUUAAUGAGGGUGGUGUACAUGCUGCAGUCUUGCCCCAUGGAUGAUGCUGCCCGUCUCCUAAACCCUAUCCUAUCUGCUGAAACCUGGCCGCUCAGCACUUCUGGGCCUCGUCUGACCUUCUGCCAUCGGACUCGAGCGCUGCUUUGUCUCGUCCGCCUCGCUGAUUCGGCCACUCUGGCUGAGUUGCAGAUCCCCAGGAACAAAAUUCAAUAUUAUCUGAAAUGCUACAUCUUUGUCUCUCAACUGGAGGCAUUAAACAUCCCUUACACGGUGCAGUCUUUCCUCAGUAGUCCCAAAGAGGGCUUGGUUAAAGGGUUGUGGAAGAAUCACAGUCAUGAGCCGCAGGCGGUGCGGUUGGUGGCUGACCUGUGCUUGGAGUAUCAGGUGUACGACCCUCAGCUGUGGAACAGUCUGCUUCAGAAGCUGCUGGGCUUCAACUUGAUCAGCCACCUCCAGAAGGUGCUAGAGGCAGUAGUGGCUGUGCCUGCUCUGUGGGAGAUUUCCAGUUUCUCCAGGACCUGGAGGAGUAUGAUACUGGCACCUUUUGUCUCAGCUUCUGUUCCUCUGAGUCCUGAUCAACAGGCAACACUCUACAGGACCUUUGUUCUCCUCCUCAAGUACGCUUUACUCAUGUUCCAACCAUUUACAGCCAACUGUCCUGCUUGCUAGGACUAUGUAACUUUCAUGGACUGCUAGUACUAGAAUAUGAACAUUUAAAACAUGCAUGAUAGAUGAAA